CGCCGCGAACUCAGUGUUAUCACAGACUCGCAGGCCGGCACUCGCGCCCGCCCGCGCUACACUCGCGACAACCGUUACCUCACUUGCAACAACCUCCACGCACUCAAACAUACUAAAAAAAACCCUAAAAAUAAUUAUGAAAUAUCUAGAAACGUCGUCUGAAACACCGGCCUCGCUGUGGAAAAUCGCGACAGUCCCGAGUGAAUAAAUCUGAAGAAACUUUUCACGAAGUUUGUCAGUUUAGUGAUAGCGGUGUUAGUUGCUGGUUUAAGUGAUGUUGUAGCGUUCGAAGAACUGAUUAAAACUUGCAGGAUACUCUGAUGGUGGAGUGGUAGCGGCGGCGGCGGGUGGCGGCGCGGGGGCGGCGCGGGGGCGGCGCGGGGGCGGCAUGGCGGAGGCGUACUGCGAGCCGGGCGGGCGGCACUUCCAGCGCGUGUACGUGCAGGCGCACGGCUACAUCGCGCUGGCGCUGUGCCUGCUGGGCUCGGCCGCCAACUCCGUGAACAUCGCCGUGCUGUCCCGCCGCGAGAUGGCGUCCUCCACCAACUCCAUCCUCACGGGGCUGGCCGUGGCCGACCUGCUGGUCAUGCUGGACUACGUGCCCUUCGCGCUGCACAUCUACACGCGCCUCGGCUCCGCUCUCAACAGGAACUCCUACGGCUGGGCCGUCUUCGUCUACUUCCACUCGAUAUUCAGCCAAACUUUCCAUACCGUCUCCAUCUGGCUCACGAUAACGUUGGCCGUGUGGCGCUACAUCGCGAUCAAGUUCCCGCAGAAAAACAAAACGCUCUGCGACAAGAGGAAUACGACCAUCGCGAUCGCCAUGGCGUAUGUGGUGUGCCCCAUCCUGUGCCUGCCCAUCUACUUCGCCAUGAACAUCGAGGAGAUGCCGCAGCCCCUCGCGAACCACACGAGCGACGCCAACGCGACCUCCGUCAACGACACCGGCGUCAGCGGCGAGCCUAUCUACGUGAUUACGAUGACAAACAAUAAGGGCUUGUUGACUGCGAUAUUUUGGAUGUACAGUGUGUUCAUUAAGCUGAUCCCGUGUGUUGUGCUAUCGAUACUGAGUGUGUGUUUAAUUAUGAAAAUGAAAUCAAGUGAUAGAAGAAGGCAGAAGUUGUUGAAGAAGUCCGCCAUCACUACUAACGAGGGCGAGAAAGCGCGCCUCAACGACGAGGGCGGCGCGAAGAAGGGCGGCGGCGGAGGGGGGCGCACGGACCGCACCACGCGCAUGCUGCUGGCGCUGCUGGGGCUGUUCCUGGCCACGGAACUGCCGCAGGCGCUGUUCGGCCUGCUGACCGCCCUCGCGCCGCACCUCUUCCAAGUCUGCUAUUAUUCUUUUGGCGAGGUGAUGGACCUGAUGGCGCUGGUGGGGUCAGCGGUGAACUUUGUGCUGUACUGCAGCAUGAGCCGGCAGUUCCGCUGCACGUUCGAGCGGCUGGCGCGCAAGCUGCUGCCGGGCGGGGGCGGGGGUGGGGGCGGCGGGGCGCGGGGGGGCGCGCUGCCGCUCACCGAGGUGUCGAGGACGUAGCGAGCGCCCGCCGCGGCUGCUGCACAGCUCUAGAUUGAGAUGGUCGCAGAGCAGCUACAACAAUCCCGAGGAGGUGCUUCGAGUAAACAUUGAGUCCUAUAUCGUACGGACCAAUUUAAGCUGACGUGUGGUGUGUGUGUGUACUUCAACUUGCAAACAAUGCUUCAAGUGCAGUGAAACCAGUCAAUCGUUUGUAGAGUGAAAUGUGUAGUAGUUAGAGUAGUUUAUGAUUAGGAAAGUAUAGGUAUAAGUACUUAGAUGAUAAGUUUAAGAUAUAACCAAACUUUCAGGAUUCUAAUAUUUUAUGGCUCUGCCUCUGUCAUGGACAUGUAUAAGUACUUAAUUCAUAUUUCAUAGCAUAAUAAUUGUUGAAUAUUGUAUCGUACUGAGUAACGAGGCCAAUCAUGCAAUCCUGAGGAAGUAAUUGACGUUCUCCAAAGAUAACAAUUAGAAGAAUAAUACAUAAAAGGUCCAAAGAUCUUGAACAAUUUGUAGUAACAAACAAUUUUUAUUCGUAUGCAUAUUUAUAAUAAAAAUUACCUCUCUGUAUAUUUUUAUUCUUCUGGAAAAUAUUUUCUAUAAAUCUGCGCCGGGCUGAAAUGACGCACUACCCUUAUGAUUCAUAGCACGUAUAAUAUGUACCUAAGGGUUAUUAUUGCGUGAGCGUGGAUGCUACGUGAUGUUACAAGCUCUACUGUAAAUUGAAUAAUACAAGUGAAAGCAAAAGCCUCGCUAUAAGGCUUUAAAACAAUUUAAGCUUUUUGUUAAAAUUCGCAACAGACCGGCAGCAGGGCAAAAAGGUUUCCGUCUACCUUUGUCAAAAGCUACAAUUAUAAAUUGGGCAUGCCAUUGAGAGGUAGUCGUAUGUAUGGAUGUACAUUUACAGAUGAUAUUUAUAGAAGUACUGGCUGUUGCAAAUCGUGAUCAUCACUUUUGAACAAAGCCAUAAAUGUAACUUGUUGGGUGUAGCUUGUAAUUAAUAGGCAGAAAUAAGUUUAUAGUCCCUCACCGUAACGCUGUCGAGUAUCUUGUGUUAUAACUGAUAGUAAAAAUAUAAUAAUCCCGUUUCAAAGAAAAUUAUGCAUAUAAUUAGUCAAUAUUUUAUACUAUCAUUUUAUUUUAUAUAUUAUUUGUACUUUUAUACAUGUACAAAUAAUAUUUUUGCACGAAUCGAAACAUGGUUGUAGAAGAUUUUUGAGAAGGAAACGUCAAAACGGACUUUUAUUGAAUUCUGCUACUUCCGUUUCGAUAGCUUACUAUAAUCUUUUCCAACACUUGAGGUGCUUGAAGUCUCGUAUCCAGGAUUGCAGACACCUUAGCUGUAGAAUAACUGCGUCAAGAAAUGUCCUAAUAUUUACCGAUGUUUUUUUUAAUAUUUAUUUAUAAACUGUUUAUUGUACACAUACACAAGCAAACAUAACAGAGAACAGUUACAAAUAAAAAAACACAUAUUACGCAGAUAAAUCGGGCUUGCCGUUAAAUAUAAGUACUUACUACAGAAAAUUUAUCAAAAAUAAUACUUUGAUUUCUGACAUAAUUAAGGAAGGUAGGUACUCUACAUGGCUUCAAGUAGGUAUUAAAAUACACUCACGGGAAAUGAAAAGUUUCCACUGAGAAAAGCACCAAAUUACUCCUUAACGGAAAAAGCUGCAACAUUGAAAUACAGGAUAAUAUCCUGGUGCUCUGUUAAAUGUCCAACUAAAAACGGUAAUAUUUUGUUCAAAUAUUUCAUUAACUGUUUAAAAAAAUUGGAGUUGUUGAUGUCAGCAUUUUGUGAGUGGAACUUUUUCAUUGCCCGUGAGUGUAAAAUAAAAACUUCGGUACUGAUUAAGAAAGUCGUAUUUAGGAAAUAAUAAGCAUACUUAACACAAUUUCGAAAAUGAAAUAAUGUAAAUAUAAAUAUGUGA